AUGGCAAACAACACCCAAGAUGCAGUCGGCGAUGACGCCGCAUUUGUCUCCGAAGUGGACGAGAAGAAGAACUGGGAAGAGAUGGUGAUGAAGGCUCACCCCCAUAUAUUGAAAAUGGCGGAAGAGACUCGUGCACUCAGUGGACUUAAAGAGAAUUGGCAAAACAAGACUUCGACGGCUUACAAAACCCCAUCGUAUGGAAGAAACCUUUCCGAAGCAAAAAUGAUCAAUCCCGAUAUCUUAACGGAGCCUGAUGUCGUCUUGUUGAUAGCUCAAUAUUUAAAAGAACAAAAGAUGAUGGACUCGUACUCCUCAUUAAUAGAAGAAGUCCUUCAGAAACAUCCGGAGUACAAAAUUAGAAACACAGACAUCGCUGAUUACACCAUCGACCCGACAUUUGCAGGCGCGUUGGACCCACUUGUUCGACUUGGCUUACCCGACUCCGAUAACAUUUUUGCUAAAAUGCCAUUUGAAGAAGAGGACUUCCCAACACUGCCAAAGGAAGAAUACGACCAGCACAUCAAGUAUAAAGCUGACAAAGAAGACACAACACCAAUUACCGAAGAAAAGAUUGUGCAGAACGAAAAUUGUGAAGUUGUCUUAGAGAAGGCUGAAGGGAGCGAUGUUUCUGUGGAAAUACCUGCCGUCAUGACGAUCAAUCAGUUGAUCAAAUACCUCUACUUGGGGUCCGACAUUUAUAUGAAAAAAUUCUUUGAAGUCUUCAGAGAAUUUGUCCAACCGAAUGACUUGCUUGGGAAGGUACUGCAACUUGCGAAAGACGAUGUCGAAAGGUUUAAAGUGAUAAUGAACUUCUGGCUUGAUACGCACCAUCAAGACUUCACACAAGCUAUGAUCACACAAUUGGUUGACUCUGAGAGUGGGAAUGGCUUCACGGAAGAUUACGUGAAAGGGAAAAUGGGGAAGCCAGCAAUUGGCUUUGAGAAGUUUAAUAUCAUCUUGAAAGACCAUAGCACUAUGGAACAAUAUUUCCCUGUUAUUACAACGGAAGACCAAGCGCCUGUAGAUGCGAAGAUACCUAAAAACAUUCUCACGAACCAACUCUACUUGAAGGACAUAGAACCCAACUUGAUUGCGGAAGCAAUUUGCUUGAUUGAUGAGCAAAUGUAUAAAACGAUUUCGAUGAGUGAGUUGUGCAGUGGGAGUGGACCGAAUAUCUCGAAUGCUUUAAGAGCAUACCACAUUGCUAUCGAAUGGGUCAGACAGUCAUUGUUUAAUGAAAGAAUCUUACCCGACCCCGAUGAACCCAAAAAGUACGGGACUCAAAAUGUGAAAGAGAAGUUCUUGAAGGUGUGGGAAAAGGUCAACGAGCUUGGAGAUUGCCACGCCCUUGCUGUCUUUUGUACAGUAUUCAACUCUGCUGAACACAAAAAGAGUUUGUUGGCUCGAGAGAAUCGAACGGCUUUGACUAAGAUGCUGAAUUACUUCGACUCGAAGACUAGUUACUCGUCAUACAGAAAAGGUAUUGCCGAACACAUUAAAGACAAUAAAGCAUUCGUCCCAUUCCUCGGAAUCACUUUGCACGAUAUCAUCACCACAAAGUGCGGCUUGGAAACUACAAUGCCCGACGGAAAAAUCAAUUUUUUGAAAUUCAACUCGAUCUACAACUGCUCAGAGUACUUCUGCUUGUUCAAAAAAAUCAAAUUCCCGAUUACCCCGCUCUACCAGGUCAUCUCUCUUGUGCUUAGAGGUAUGUCUGAGGUCGAGUAUAUGGUCAACGCAAAUUGA